AUGGGUCAAUAGCAGCAGUCAAUUAAAAAAAAUUUCUUUUGGCCUAGUAAAGGUGAAAUUGAAGUGUGGACUAUCCAAGAGUUAAAAGUUUAUUUAUUUUAUAAGCAAGAUCCUUUCUGAAGUGGAUUCAAGAUUAUCAGAAUAAUAAAAUGAGUCUUUGGCUCAAAACCCUAUUGAAUAUUCAUUAACUUGGAUAACUAAAUCGAAUUAAAUUUUAUUUACAGUCACUAGAAAAUCUGAUAAUGGUAAAGUUAAAUUUAUUGUUGAUUAAGGAACUGGGAAAUUAAUAAGUAUAUUUUAUAGUAAAAAUCAUAGAAACUGAAUAUAUUUAACUUGAAAAAGAUGAGAUUUCAAUUUUUGAUGAAUUAUCACCUUAAACAAUGUGGAAAUGUUGGGUUGAAAUAUGGCAAGGUCAACCAAAAAAGAAUGAUUAUGUACUUAAUAAAUUAGAGAGUUAAGAAAAUGCCCAAUUUGAAUGUAUGAAAGGAUCUGUUUUCAAUCCAAUAGUUAAAUUAUAUCGGGAACGAAGAGAAUAAGUUUAAUUCAUAACUAGACAAUUGUUUUAUACUAAUUAAAAUGAUAAUUCUAAAUCAAGCAAAUACAAAAUAAAUAUGUAAUUCUGUAAAUCAUAAAUUUGGAUGUUUAAUUGGGAUCUUAAAUAGAAGGUAGUUCCUUAACCAUGCUUUUUAGAACUACAAGAUAAAUUAUAAUUGGAAUCUUUAUCAUUUUAUCAAUAUACUUUAAAUUGA